AUGGCUGACCUUCGUCGCGACAUCUUUCGUGGGAUUUAUAGCAAUCCCAUUUAUCGAAGUCCCUAUGUCACGGACAAAGAUGCAACCCAAAAAUCUCCUACACCAUCUGCUCCCUCAACUGGCUGGCUCUCAUGCAUCCGUAUUCCCCGCCGUCAUGCAAUAAUCGGUUUCCUCAACGUUGUUCUCUUUUUCGUUUUUAUCUGGCAUCUCCCGCUGCUCCGAACUAUUCAUAGCCGUUCAUUCCUUCCAUCUGGAGUAUCAACUUCGCAUACCCGUCAUCUUCCUCAGGCACCUCUUGAUCCGGAUUUCACACCAUCUAUAAUUUCUCCGGCGACCAAAAAAUCCCGACGACAAUUACUUUCUCUCGCUAAAGAACUAUCUAAAACCCAAUUUCCAAAAAAGAUCUGGCAGACCUGGAAAACCAUUAUGUUACCCGACGCAGAAACCUUCGAACGUCGACAAACAUGGCAUGCCUUGAAUCCAGACCAUGAAUACGAACUAUUAACCGACAAAACCGCUUUACAAUACGUUAUCCAAAACUUCAAUUCUACGGAUCCUUAUAUCGUCCACUUAUACAAAAACUUCCCACAAAGAAUUUUGGCGGCAGAUUUAUUACGCUACUUAAUCGCAUAUAAAUCUGGAGGAUUGUAUUCCGAUAUCGAUACCGAAUGCAAACGUCCUAUUGAAAAUUGGGUCUGUCAAGCAAUAGGAAAUUUGCCAGACGUGAAGAAGCCUGAUGUCAAUAUCGUUGUCGGGAUGGAAUUGGAUAUUCUGGAUAAAUCGCAAUACCCAGAUGAAUGGCUCUCAGAAGCCGGUUUCUCCCAGCGAAUCCAAUUUCUCCAAUGGACAAUCUACGCAAAACCUGGUCACGAAAUACUACGGAGAAUGAUUACUUCUAUCCAAGAAGCCGUCAGAUCCGACAUCGAAAAGACAGAUACAAAAUCUAUUAGCGCGCUUAAAUACAAGGAUAAGCAGAUUCUUGAUACGACGGGACCAUUUCGAUACACACAGACGAUUUUGGAAUAUGUAAAUGAUAUUAUGGGAAGGAAGGUAAAACUUGAAGAGUUUUCAGGUAUUAAGGAAGGGAAGGUGUUUGGUGAUGUGCUGUUCUUGCCAGUGAAUAGGUGGAGUCCGGGUGUUGGGCAUAGUAAUGCCGGGGAGGAUGAGACGGCGUUUAUGGCUCAUCAUUUCAAGAGUACCUGGAGGGAUUGA